UCAUGUUGAGAUGGAUCCGUUUGGCUCUUCUAUGGUUUUGGGAUCUUCAAAAAGCGUCUGAAGACUUAUCAAUUUGCCUUGUUUCUAAUUAGUUAAUGUUCCUUACAGAGUUGCAGUUUGUAUGCUUGUGGUUAUUGUUAUUACUCUACCAAUUAUAUUUAGUCUAUUAAAUGGUAUGUGUGUCAUUUAGGCCAUACUAUAAACUGUUUAAAUAAAACGUAAUGUUAAUGUAAUGUUUAUUGAUGUCCUUGUAAGUCACAUUGAACAAAAGUGUCUGCAAAGAACCAUAAGCAUAAACAUAAGGUAUGUGGCAUCAUGAUCAACUGGUCUUAGAUCUUUGGCCUGCUUAAUACUGAUUCAGAGAGGAGUGGAGUAGAGGAGCACUUGGGAUUAAGAGAAUUAGAAUGAGCCUGUCCAGCAGUUCCACACUACAGAGAUAACAGCCCGGUCAGACAGUGGUCUUUAAAGAGAUGAAUCCAAACAAAACUAGCCAAACAGAAGGCAGCACCCUGUUUGUUGACAUUGAAUAACAUUAACCUUAACAGAACACUGACUUAGGUCAGGGGUUAAGAACAUACUGAGUGUGGUAAAACGACAAGUGAAUCUAUUUGGGCUUCUUGGGUUCUAUCCGUGAAUAUCCCUGGGUGUUGUUGGACGGAAGGGUUACCACACCGUUAGGAACACGAGUUCAGCAGCAGUCUAUGAUGCUGAGGGGAGGAGUGAGGACAAACCAUCUGCUUUUACACACAACCAGUCUCAAAUGGCCUGAGGACAGGUAACUUCCACUUGACAGGCGGGUGCAAGAAAGUCCCUGUGUUAUUGUGAGUUCUUUGGCCAGAGGUAUAUGGGCGGAGAAUUGAUGGGAACUCAACAGAUUAAGACAGGAACUAGAAAUGAGUUAGAAGACGAAGAGAGAGGACCGAAAAAUGGAUGCUGAAGAGAAGAAGUGCCCUGUUUGUCAGGACAAACUGCAAGAACCUACACAGCUCCUCGAAUGUAACCAUGAGUUCUGUCAGAGUUGUCUCCAGCAGUCAAUUCACUACAGGAAACAUUGCCCAGUGUGCAGGAAACCAGUGAAUGGCGAUCAGCCCACAGCAGUGCCCGCAGUGUCCAACCAAACAAGACGCUCAAGAGUGAGAUAUGGUCGUUCCAGAGAUCCUGUCAUUAGCCCUAUCAUAGCAUCUCCAUUUGGUCCCUCCGUUUUUGCUGGCAUAUGGAGGCAGCGGAGUGCUCCUCCACACCAGUUUGGAUCCUCCAACCCAAGCUUUGCAUCACUCUAUGCCCCUCAUGUCCUCAGGCCACCACAACCACCAGUGUUUCCAUCUACUGUAGCACAAUCUACUGUUCCUGCUGGUCUGCCCCUUAUAAGACCAUUCCGGAAUUACACCAUUCCUCAGGUGGAUGUGUACGGUCACGGUGACUUCUCCGUUUUCAAUGAAGAAAAUGAACAGAUGGGCAGUCUGCUGUUUGAGCAAGCAUGGGCAGAGCAAAGAGGGCCACUGCUCAAUAACAGAGUGAGGGUGUUUGCUUGCCCCUACUGCCAGCAGGGGGGAAUGGAUGAGCUGGAUCUGCGCGAUCACUGCAAUACCCACCACCAAAAUAACCCCACCCCUGUGGUGUGUCCCGUGUGCGUGGCCCAACCACACGGAGAUGAGAACUAUUACAGUCGGAACUUCAUUGGACACCUUAAUUUGCGGCACAGUUACUACAGCGAAGAUAUCACUAACACCCAUCAAAGUGAUGCCAUGAAUAUGCAAGCGGCCAUACUGGAGUCAUUUCAGCUAAAUUCUGAUGCUGCUCAAUGACCUGCAAUACAAUUAGGGAGUGUAUGUGUACGGACACUUGUACACAACUGUAAUCAGGAAUCAUACUCGUUCAUUUAGGUCUGUUCACAAAUAUUCAGUCAAAUUCAUCUGUCCUCUGUCAUGAUCAUUGUCAUUAUACAUGUUGCAGGCACUAAAGAACUCAGGUUUUAACGGUAGCAUAUGCAUCCUCCCUUUGCCAAUACCAUUUUCAACUCAUCAGAACUUUUACUUGCUUAAAAACAUACAGAUUUUGAUAUAAUAUGCACUAUGUAUACUAUAUUUUCUAUAUUUCUACUGUCUUAAUAAUACAAUUUUCCUUGACAUUGUGGGUGGUGGCUUUGUGUCAUGUAUUGAUAAGGUUCAAGAUUCAAGAUUGUCUUUAUUACAUUUCAUUAUACGGGUACAAGAGAGUAAAAUUCUUGUGUUUUUUGUUGCUCCUCAAAAAAUAAACUAGAUGUACCGCAUAGCGGUACAAAAUAUGAC